GCAAAGUGCAACCAAAGCACACAGGCGGACAGAAACCGCUAAUCGCUGAACGGCGAUACUGUAGCGUCACAGACCUGAUAAUACCGGCAUUUUCUCAUAAAUAAAAAAUACAACGACCCGUUUGAUUAGUUCCUUUUUAUCAGUGCAUAUUAACACACAUUUAAAAGUUUAGAAUCCCGAAAAAUGGCAGGAACUUUCACGAAAAUUUGCCGGAAUUCUGGUCAGCUGUUUGUCCAGAAUGGAGCUCUACAACACCGAACUUAUGCUAGUGGAAGCCGCAUCCAAGUCAAAAACCCAGUGGUCGAAAUGGACGGUGACGAGAUGACAAGAAUAAUUUGGGAAAAAAUCAAGGAAUCCCUGAUAUUUCCUUAUUUAAAACUCGAAUGUCUUUACUACGAUCUAGGAUUACCUUACAGGGACCAAACUAACGACCAAGUUACUAUCGAUGCUGCCCAUGCUAUCCUCAAACAUAAUGUAGGCAUUAAAUGUGCUACAAUCACUCCUGAUGAAGCUAGGGUUGAAGAAUUCAAACUAAAAAAAAUGUGGCUCUCCCCCAAUGGCACCAUAAGAAACAUUUUAGGCGGUACCGUUUUCAGAGAACCGAUUUUAUGCAAAAAUAUUCCAAAAUUAGUACCUGGAUGGACUCAGCCUAUUUGCAUAGGACGUCACGCUCAUGGCGACCAAUACAAAGCUCAGGAUUUGGUUAUCACUAAACCUGGAAAGGUGGAAAUGGUUUAUACUCCAGACGAAGGUGAAAAAAUAUCGAUUGAAUUGUAUAGGUUCAAAGGACCUGGUGUUGCUCUAUCCAUGUACAACACAGAUGAGAGUAUAAGAGGUUUUGCUAAGUCUUCAUUCCAGAUGGCGCUAGCUAAAGGCUGGCCCUUAUAUUUGAGCACCAAGAACACCAUUUUAAAGAAAUAUGAUGGUAGAUUUAAGGACAUUUUCCAAGAAAUCUAUGAAAAAGAAUACAAAAGUCAAUAUGAAGCCAAAAAAAUCACCUACGAACAUCGCCUUAUUGACGACCAAGUAGCUCAAGCCCUAAAAUCCUCUGGAGGUUUUGUAUGGGCCUGCAAAAAUUACGACGGUGACGUCCAAUCAGAUAUCGUAGCUCAAGGUUAUGGUUCCUUAGGUAUGAUGUCUUCAGUGCUAAUGUGUCCCGAUGGCAAAACCAUUGAAUCUGAAGCGGCUCAUGGUACUGUAACCAGACACUACAGGCAACAUCAACAAGGCAAGCCCACUUCGACCAAUCCGAUUGCUUCAAUUUUUGCUUGGACAAGAGGUCUUGAACAUAGGGGCCAACUGGAUGGUACACCGGAUGUUGUCAAAUUUGCUCAGAAUUUGGAAAAGGCCUGCAUCAAAACGGUGGAAGGUGGCAAAGUUACUAAAGAUCUCGCAGCGUCGAUUGCUGGAGGUUUCGACAAGGUUAAGGAUAAUAUGUUUAUGAAUACUCAAGAUUUCUUGGAUGCUAUCGCUGAUGAAUUGAAGAGAACUGUUUAAGGAUAAAUUCGCUAUUUUUUAUUUUUGUAAUUCGCAAUAUUGAUUUUUUUCUAAUGUUUUAAAUACCUAAUAAAAAAUAUUAUAUUUUUUUAAGUAUAA